UUCCCUUACCACGCCACCGACGGAUUCGCAAUUGACGCCUUGCAGAUUGGUCGGGCCUUUUUCCAACGAGUCAGGAGUUGGUGCAGUACUAUAACGCCUUUGCCGACUUCUAUGGCUUGCACCAGAGCACCGUGUUCGAGCAGACCGUCAUCGAAGCCUUCUGGUCCGAUGAGGAGUCCCUAUGGAACGUCGUAUGCGAGGACGCAGACACCGACGAACGCUGUGUUUGGCAAUGCGAUGUACUGGUACAGAGCGCAGGGACUCACAACCACAAGAAGCUCCCGGCCAUGGAAGGCAUCGAGAAGUUCCAAGGCGACGUAUGGCACACCGUCGAUUCGCCCGCGCACUACGACUUCACCGACAAAAGAGUGGCCUACAUUGGAACAGGCUCGACGGCACUGCAAGCGCUUCCGGUCGUGCAAUCUCAUACCAAGCAUCUGACCAUUUUGAUGCGAUCCAUGACAUACUGCCAUCCAUUCCCCCACAUCCGAUAUCCUCCGCUGCUGCUUUGGGCCUUUUCCUGGAUUCCGGGGUUGCUCUGGCCGUACGCCGCAGUCGUCUCUUGUGGCUUCGGCUUGUGGACCUGGUUUGUGUUUCGCCCGGGCACGUGGCUGGCUUGGUCGGAGGAGGAGCAUUGCCAGCGCUACCUCGAUCGUAGCGUCUCUGAUCCGGUCUUGCGUCGAAAAUUGCAACCCACGGGCCGCUUCGGCUCCAAGCGACCAUUGGUGCCGGCGAACUUUUACGAUUUAAUGCAGCGCGGCAACGUAGAAGUCGCACAAGAAAGGUUGGUGAAGGUCUUCGAGCACGGUCUAGUUUCCGAGCCAUUUCCAGCCCCAGACUCUAAUCCCGACAACGCGGUCGCCGGAAAGCAGACGUUGGGGAUCGACGAGCAGCAGACCAGACGUUUACGCUGCGGUAUUACUGGUGGCGCACUCGACGCGUGGACAAGAAUUUGUAUGUCAACUCUCUCGAAGUAUUGCGGAAGUCCGAGAGCGCAGAGAGGUAGAAAGGAGGCAAUGCACUCAAGGCUACGACUGCAGAUAUCAUUCGUCGUCCUGCCGAUUAUGUUCCUCGGCCUGCGGACUGGCGAAGUCCUCGAGUUGACGUCCUAUAUCGGCUCGAAGGAAGGCAUCCUGUACCAAGACAUUCGACUCAUACGGGUGCUUGGUCCAUGUCGAUGGCGAUUUUCGCGCCCCAAAUUUCGGCUUCACCCGGAAUCUGACAAGAGAACUUAUCCACUAAUAAGCCGAGCUCGGAGCUGGAGGUCCUUUGAUAAAUACAAGCUCACUCACCCGAAUUCUGUGCCUGGGCCUUUCCCAUCGGUUCUGGACAUGGCAACAACAACGACCCUCGAGCUGCAGAGGCUCGAGUCCAAGUCGGAGCAUGUCACAAUCGACCCCCACCUUCCCGCCUCCACUCCACCUCGCGAAAGCUUUGCGUUGCCAGCGGACGAAUCGCCUGACGUAUCACCAAGUGACGAAGCAACGACAGUCCUAUCCACGAGCCGAGCAGUAAUUGUGACUGCUCAAUUGAUCGGUCUGCAGCUAUUCUCGAGUUUUUGCAAUGGUGUCGCUGUGGUUGGUCUGCCUGCUAUCAUCGACACGGUCAAGCUGGAGACCGGCCUUCUUCUGUGGCCGACGUCCGUCUUCUACCUCACAGCCGGAUCGUGUCUGAUGCUGGCUGGAUCUAUUACAGACGUCGUGGGCACGAGGCCUAUGAUCCUAACGGCCAACAUGCUGCUCAUUGCAAGUGCUUUUGCCUGCGGCGCAGCACGAACCGGAGGCGAACUCAUUGCAUUCCGCGGCCUGCAAGGUGUCUCCUUCGCCAUCGCUGUCCCAGCAUCGGUUUCCAUCAUCUCAACCAACAUUGCAUAUGGGCGGCCGCGGAACCUUGGGUUUUCGUGUCUAGGGUUCUCCAGUCCACUCGGGUUCUUGCUCGGUCUCGUUCUUGGAGGUGUUUUGGUUGACAGUGUCGGAUGGCGCCCGGCAUUCUACCUUGCCGGGGCUACUACUACUGCAUUGUGUCUAUUCGGCUUUUGGGCUUUGCCACACGAUCCUCGGCCAAGACCUGUUCGCACGAUAUGGAAGCAGCUAGCUUUGAAUAUUGAUUGGGUGGGAACGAUGGUUCUUAGUGCUGGAAUAACGGUUCUAGCAUACGUCCUGGCAAUGCUCUCGUCCGAUAUCAUGAACAUCCGCCGCGCUUCCAAUAUUUCGCUGCUGGUCAUCAGUGUUGCCACGAUUCCAGUGUUCAUCUGGUGGAUGAACCACCAAGUAGAGCACAAUCGUCCAGCAGUGAUGCCAAAUUCGCUCUGGCGCAACGCCAGCUUUACGAGCAUUUGUAUCAUGGUACUGCUUUCCAAUGCAGUCAGCAAUAAUAUGGAGCCGUUCUGUAGUCUGUUCUUCCAGCAAGUCCAAGGCCACUCAGCACUUGAAGCAUCAAUCCGCAUCCUCCCCGCCCUUGUCACAGCGGUGCUAAUCAACAUUUCGCUUGGCUACUUUGUGAAUCGACUGCCGGUUAUGUUGGUCGUAUUGGCUGCCUCCGCGAUCGCCGCUCUAUCACCACUUCUCAUGGCCGUCAUCAAGCCCCAAUGGCCGUACUGGUACAUGGCGUUCACCGCACAGGUCUUCCUACAAGUCUGUACCAACACCUUGUUCACCGUCGGUCUGCUCAUCAUCUCCGCUGUGUUUCCCUCACGGACCCAGGCUUUGGGCGGCGCAGUGUUCAAUACCUGCGCGCAACUUGGCACCUCCAUUGGAUUAACGGUAACUCAAGUCAUCACCGAAUCAGUCACGGCCAGCUCGGAUGAAGUCAACAAGUCGUCCCCCAAAGCCCUGAUGGACGGGUAUCGCGCCGUCUUUUGGGCCUUGUUUGCGAUGAUGGUUUUGGUAGGGCUCACAGGUGCGUUGGGGUUGCGCCGGGUAGGUAAGAUUGGCGUAAAGCAAGAUUGAUCUGGCUUCUGUCGGGUGUAAGAUCGCCAGUCAGUAAGAGCAGAUAGUCACUAUUGAGUACUGCGACCUCCGCUAUUGAAUCGUGUAUUGCUCGAUGGACCAGAUGUGGAAAGCCGCUGCCGUGAUG